GGAAUUUAGUGGACCGCAAGAUAGCCUGAUGGGAAAUCAUCCCACAACCACAGAAGUCAAUCUUGAAUGUCUUGUUAAUGUUUUGUGAAGCUUACACCGUCAUGAAGUGUCCUUGAGCAACCUACUGAAUCCUUGUUUGCCAUUAGGGCUCAAUCUCCCUGAAGUGAAGGAGCAAAGAAAGACCUGCCUUACAGGGUUCAAUGCAUAUCACAUUGCAGAAUGGGGAAGAUAUUUAGCUUGGAUAAAGGUCAUGACAUAGACUUGGAUGGAUCGAUUACUUAAACCAGGACUCCAAGCUACUUUCACAAGUCAUGAAGUAGCCUAAUAUGAUGUUUCAGCAGGAUGCAGAAGAGGAAGUCAUGUUCUUGUGAUCAGUAGCUCACAUUCCUGCAACGGAUACGGCCAUUGCUGCUUUAGUGUCUUUCUGUUGGAAAAGAAAAACGCCAGUCUGUUGUUCAGGACAACUUUGAUUUGGAAUAAUUCUGCAUGCUGGACCGCUGUGAGAAGCUGAGUCAGACCUUUUAUUGCGGUGCUGCAUAAAGGUGAAAACAUUUUGAGCAUCUCUAUCAGCUGGAUUUCGACCAUUACAACAUGGAGUCGCUACUAAAGCAUCAAGAAGAUAUGGAUGUUUUUUUCUCAUUCUGCAGUGUGGAUACUUACUGUGUCAUCACAUUUUACAUUGUGAAGGAUAUUUGAAAUCCUCUGUUUCCUCCUGCCGUGCUCCCAGCUUUACAGGAGAUACUUACAAGCCUGGGAGUUUCCCUCAUGCUUGCUGUGGCUAUUUGUCACACCUGUACACAGUGCUAGGUCAGGUAUCAACCCAGCAAGUAACACUUUCUGUUUUUUUUCGGGAACAUUUUUGGAUAUCCCAAUUUGUAAAUCACCAGCGCAUUCAAAGUAAUAUUUCGGGGAUUUCCUACAAUCCAGUUCAGGAGCCAGUCUUGGCCUCUAUGCUGUUUUUGGGGUCCUGGGUGUUUUGUCUGGACCCCGUGGCCAGACUUGGAACUGACCCUGUACCAAAAAAAUGGAGAACAGCGGCUGCAUCCCCCUCUGCUGGAGUAAGGGGGCUUGCAUCUAUGCACAGCACCCCCUACCAAAAUAUGAUGGCCAGUUAGCCCCAGCAGAAACAUUUGAGUCAAGCAUGGCUUCGUCUUCCUACUUGGAACCCAACCUCAAUCACUCGGCAGCUGGUGGUUGUGGGGUCAAAUCCCGGUCCGGGAUGCCUGGUGUUGGCACCAGCAGCUCUGCUGGAGGCCUUGAGCGACCCCCAGGCUCCAUGGACCGGGUUCUCAAGAUCUUCCAUUACUUUGAGACAAAUAGUGAACCAUGUACCUGGGCUAGCAAUAUCAGGCACGGAGAUGCAACAGAUGUCAGGGGUGUUAUCCAGAAGAUUGCAGAGAUCCACAAACUGCGCUGCGUUUCCUCUCUUGGCCUCCGCCUGACCCAUCUGCACUCUGAUGCUCUCCAUUGGUUACACCCUGAUUUGGGUGUGUCUCAUGUCAGGGAGAAAUAUGAGAAACAGCACCCUCAGGAGGAGUGGAGGUAUGAGUUGCGGAUACGGUACCUUCCCAAAGGUUAUCUCAGCCAUUUCUCUGAGGACAAACCUUCUCUCAACUACCUCUAUCACCAGGUGAAGAGUGAUUACAUGCAACAUAUAGCUGAUCAGGUGGAUCAAGACGUUGCUUUGAAACUGGGAUGUUUGGAAAUUAGGAGGUUCUUCAGAGAGAUGCCAGGCAAUGCUCUCGAUAAGAAAUCAAACUAUGAACUACUAGAGAAAGAUGUUGGUUUAAGAAGGUUCUUUCCUAAGACCCUGAUGGACUCGCUGAAGGCAAAGACUCUGCGUAAGCAGAUCCAACAGACUUUUAAGCAAUUUGCCAACUUCAAUGAUGAGCAGAGCAUCCACAAGUUCUUUGAGAUACUCAGUCCCAUCUACCGAUUCGACAAGGAGUGCUUCAAAUGUGCUUUAGGGUCUAGUUGGGUAAUAUCAGUCGAGUUGGCUAUCGGGCCAGAGGAAGGAAUCAGCUACCUCACAGAUAAGGGCUCAAUGCCUACACACUUAGCUAACUUCAACCAGGUUCAGUCCAUCCAGUAUUCACCUAUGGAAGAGAAGGACAGGAAAGGUAUGCUGCAGCUCAACGUAGCAGGAGCCCCUGAGCCUCUCACAGUCACCACGGCAUCACUGACUACAGCAGAAAACAUGGCUGACUUGAUUGACGGAUACUGUCGGCUUGUCUCCUCAGCUACUCACUCUUUCAUUGUCAGAGUCCACAAAGAGGGGGACAGAGCUCUGCCUUCUUUACCCAAAGUUUCAAAUCAUGAGAAGCGGAUGGAAAAACGAAUGGAUGGAGUACGGACCAGAGCUGUUUGCGUCUCAGGUCACACUAGUGGCGAUGAAACGGACGACUAUGCUGAGAUCAUAGAUGAGGAGGACACCUACACCAUGCCUUCAAAAUACUAUGGACUAGAUCAAGCACAGGACUAUGAGAUUCAGCGGGAUCGUAUCGAACUAGGACGCUGCAUCGGAGAGGGUCAGUUUGGAGAUGUCCACCAAGGAGUCUAUAUCAGCCCAGAGAACCCAGCUCUUUCUGUGGCAGUGAAGACAUGUAAGAACUCAACGUCAGACAGUGUUAGGGAAAAGUUUCUGCAGGAGGCAUUGACCAUGCGUCAGUUUGACCAUCCUCACAUUGUAAAGCUGAUGGGAGUUAUCACAGAAAAUCCAGUCUGGAUCAUCAUGGAGCUCUGCACACUUGGAGAGUUACGAUCAUUUCUCCAGGUGAGGAAGUACAGUCUAGACCUGGCCACUUUAAUCCUGUACUCCUACCAGCUCAGCACUGCACUGGCCUAUCUAGAGAGCAAACGCUUUGUCCACAGGGACAUUGCAGCGAGGAACGUGUUGGUGUCUACAGUCGAUUGUGUUAAACUUGGAGAUUUUGGACUUUCGCGAUACAUGGAAGAUAGCUCAUAUUAUAAAGCAUCUAAAGGUAAACUGCCUAUUAAAUGGAUGGCUCCAGAGUCCAUCAACUUCAGACGAUUCACUACAGCUAGUGACGUCUGGAUGUUUGGUGUCUGUAUGUGGGAGAUUCUAAUGUACGGCAUAAAGCCUUUCCAGGGUGUGAAGAACAAUGACGUCAUUGGCAGGAUAGAGAACGGCGAGCGACUGGCAAUGCCCCCUCAGUGCCCUCCUACUCUGUACAGCUUAAUGACCAAGUGCUGGUCUUAUGAUCCCAGCAAAAGGCCGCGCUUCAAUGAACUCAAAACACAACUGAGCACUAUAUUAGAGGAGGAGAAGCUCCAGCAGAAGGAGAGGAAUAGGAUGGAGAUGCGGAGACAAGUCACUGUUUCUUGGGACUCGGGAGGGUCUGAUGAAGCACCACCAAAGCCCAGUCGUUGUCCCUCCCUGCAGCCGACCUUCAGUCUGGAUUGUCUUUCUGCUCCCUCUCCUGAGUACCAUUGCCAUCAAAAACAACGCUUUGCCUCCCAGCUUUCCCUUUGCCAUGGAAACCCUCAUCCUCCAUCUCCCUGUACCUCCUCUCACCUUCCUGCUCCUCCACUUUACUCAUCGUCCAUGCAGUUUCCCUAUCACUUAUCCUCUUCUCACAAUCCUCAGCCUCUCUCCGUUCCUCUUCAAAACACCACUUACUGCAAUCGCUCAUUCUCUCCAAACCACACUAGGUUCAACUCUGAAUCCGAAACUUGUCAAAGCUUGUUCCCACAGUUUCAAACAAACCUCUUUUCUCCUCCUCUCACUAACUUAGACAGCAUGUCCAAUUGCAGCGGCCCCAACAAGAUAAACCCCUCUACUAACGGCCACCUGCUCCGUUCAGCUCAGCCAAUGUCAAACAUCUCCCACUCCCUUCCCAGGAACUUCUCCCCAGUCCUUUCACUAUUUAGUCCGAACCUUAACCCACUGCCCAGCAGGACGUCAGAUGUUUGUGCUCUCACCCUCCAAAAAAAACAGUCCAUGUCAAAUUCUAAUUUCAAUGUCCCACCAUUGCCCAGCUUUCACUCAGGUUGCCAAACUAAUCCCAGUGCCCUACUUCAGCCUGACUCCGACCCUCAGACCCAGAACCCUGUGGUGCAGUCAUGUGUGAGACCACCACUGGUCUCACACACUGGUGUUCCCCUCACUCACUACACUCGACCCUCCGCUAACCCUCAUCUACCAACCAGUAGAUUACAAAGCUCCCCUGUAACCACCCACACGCCAUGCUCUGAAAGAUCCAUGUCCAUACCUUUAAAGGCAGGUGGUGAACUGCUACGCUGCAUGAUUUCCUUUUUUUAAAAAACUAAAACGACCCUGUGCAUGUCUGUAUCAAAGAAAGUUGCGACAGACUUGGUCGUGGAGCCUUUGAUAAAUGCAGACAGACUUCUUGCACAAAAAGCCACAAGAAGAUUCCCCUCAACUGAGGCUACUAACGCUACUAGAAGUUAAAAUAGAAUUUUAAAAAAUCCUCUUGAUAAUUUGGUUUCAAAUAAAUAUUUCUCUGUAGCUCAUCAUGACUGAAUACUGGUAAAUGUCCUUGUACUUUGUGUGUAUCCACAACAUGACAACCAAAGGUAAACCAAGCGGUGCUGAUUACUUAGCCAGUAGAAAACAAAAGCAUAUUAACAAAGAAACAUAUUUUUGCCGUAACAACCAAAAACUCCACUCUCCAAAAAAAGCUGCUACUUUCUUGGUAUAUGGCUUCAGUGGUCACCAUUAGUGACUAAACUCUUCAAUUUGAGUUAUCCGUUGUAACUGAGUGCAGUGACAGUGCAUUGGGCAUGUUUAUGCUUAGCCUGGUUGCAUGCUUCACCGUGUGAAAGACGUGCUGUUGUGCUGUUGAAGUGACCUUGGCUUUGUUUGAACGUGUCACAUAUAUUUGUUUUUGUCAGGCAUUGUGUUGAUGGGUCCUCGGAUUAUUGCACCCUAUUUCUAGACUGUUUGGAAUGCCUGUAUAGAACCCCUAAUUCCACUGGGCUUAGAGUGUGACUCACCUCACAAACAUUAUGUGAAGAUCAAAUGCAGUAUUUCACAAAGCUGUCGGUAACAGAAUAAUAUAUAAGUGCAGAAAUAAAGCUGCAGUACAGUGUUUUCUUUCUAUUCCCUGGUUCUCGGUCUCAUAUCUGUCUUGGAGUAAGGAUUUGCGCUUACAUGUAGCACAAUUCUCUUUAAUCCUGUGAUCUACAUUCUGUUCGGAACACUCCCUCACUGUUGUAUAUGCAGCUCAGUCCAAUAAUGUGAUUUAUGUGUAUGUGAUUGAGACUUAAGAAAGAAAAAAAAAACUUAUGUAUGUUUACUCAGAGCCAGCUCUACUGUCUGUCACCUUGUCACCAGCUUUUGAGUAAUGGUCAGUAACACUGCACAUGAGCUUGGGUUUUGUGGGUGACUAGUAUGUAUAGUAUGGAAGCUCAGUCUGCGUUUGGAGCUGUAGCAUUAUGUAAAAUAUGCUUGAAUUGUAUAAGGCAACAAGAAGACAGGCCGCAAGCUAAAUCCCUGCAACAAAUCAGUGUCUGAAAUAAGUCACUGUGAGACAUUGCUGUUACAAAGCUGCUGAUACAGUGUAUGCCUCCACAACUCUGUGACCCUUAUUAUGAUGAUGGAUGUGUCAGUGUGGGAGUCGUUGAAUUGUGCCUCGUGAGAGAUACUUGAAGUAAAAAAGAAGAAUCUUAAUUACACUGUGCUCAGCAUUCCCAUAAUUCCUAAUCGAGUUAUGCCAUAGUGUGUUUACUUAAUGCUACAGGGUUAAAUGAUCAAGGUGAACUACACAAAGCCAUACAUUUAAACACCUUAGAAACCUUGGAAAUUGGUUACAGCCAACGCUUACUUUUGCAAUCAUCAGGACAAAAACUUGCUUUAAUAAUUGUGACAGGAUCAAAAUUGUGUUGGUGUUUUCAUUCUCAGUAGAUAGUGUGAAUAUGCUCAUACUCAGUUAUAAGAAGAAUACUUAUUUUACCUAUUAAUGAUGAGCUGACACUAAAACACCAGCGCUGCAUUUGGCCUGUUUAUUUAUUUGUCAAAUUCAGAUAUUCAUCUAAAAGUGUCCACAUAGAAACCCGUUUCUUACCCUGGUGUUCCAGUACUGUCAGAUUAACCUCCAGUCUGUCUGUUGUCCCUGUGUUUAUCUUUCUAUCUUUAAACUGGGUUUUCCCAGGGAAACAUUCCCUAAACAUGGACUAACUGUGACAGGGCUGUGAAUCUGGGCCAAAUUGAAACUUUGAGUUAUAAUUUUCCCUCCCAGUGUCCUUCCAUGUGAGAGCAUGUCCACAAACAUGCUGUAUGUAUCUGUCUGUUGGUCUGACUCUGAAGGUUUGCUGCUCCCGUUUGUCCCGUCUUCAGUUUCUUUGUCUUGUCUGCUUCUCUUUGUCCGUCCCUUCCUACUCUUUCCCAUUUUUUCCUUUCCCCUGUCAUCCCUUCCUGUCUUUCUUUGCUGUCUCCCUCUCCCUCCGUUUGUCUUUUUUUCUGUCUUGCUGUCGGAGGUGUGGCCCAGAGAAAGCUACUAUGACAGUCUGUGGAAGGUAGAGGUUGUUAUAAUAUUGUACAAGAGCAGUUUGAAUCAUCAAGAAAAAAAACGUCUUUAAGAGGGAAAACUGUUCAUCAGCUUCAUUUUGACAAAUCACCCGAAACCAACUGAAGAAGCAAGGCUGCGGGUUCACCACGGACUUCUGUUUUUAGCCAUAACUGCUAAAAAAAAAGACUUAAAAGAAAAUAAUCUGCUAUCAAACAAACUCUCCUCCAUUAAAACCUUGUUCCUUUGGCCAUCAACAUUCAUCAGAAGCUUCCAUUAGACAUGUCUUGCAAUAGAAGAAAUCCUAUAUUAGUAAUCUGAAUUGAAAAUUGUUUAUUCUUUUGUUAUUCAGCAGUAGUUUGAUGUUUAAUCCA